GUUGAGCAUAUAUUUUGUUUCAGUCCCGUUUCCCUCCAUGGUUUCUCCUCUCUCCGACUAACUUAGCGUUUGGCUCAGUUCAUUAUACAGUCCUAUAUUCUCCCUCCAUUAGGGCAUCUCUUGCCUUUGGACUGAAGAUCCCAGCAAAACCCCAGAGAGAAAAGUUUAACUUUCAUAGGGCACGAUGGACAUGAAAAAGAGGAUCCACUUGGAGCUAAGAAACAGGACACCGUCUGAUGUACGAGAACUUGUCCUUGAUAAUUGUCGAUCACUUGAAGGAAAAAUCGAAGGCCUCACAGCUGAGUUUGUCAACCUUGAGUUCCUCAGUUUGAUAAACGUUGGUUUAAUUUCAGUCUGCAACCUGCCUAAACUAGGAAAACUCAAAAAGCUGGAGUUGAGUGACAACAGAAUCAGUGGCGGCCUUGAUGUUUUAGCAGAGAAACUACCCAACCUCACACAUCUAAACCUGAGUGGCAACAAAUUGAAAGACAUCAGUACGUUGGAACCAUUGCAAAAGCUGGCAACCCUGAAGAGCUUGGACCUCUUCAACUGUGAAGUGACAAACUUGAACGACUACAGAGAGAGUGUGUUCAAGCUGCUGCCUCAGCUCACCUACCUGGAUGGUUAUGACAUUGAGGACAGGGAAGCCUCUGACUCUGAUGGAGAGGUCGAUGGAGACGGCGUAGAUGAUGAUGAAGAUGAGGAGGGAGAGGAGGAGGAAGACGAGGAUGGUGAGGAAGAGGAUUUUGAUGAAGAGGAGGAUGAGGAGGACGAAGAGGAGGUAGAAGGAGAAGAGGAUGAAGAUGAAGUCAGCGGAGAAGAUGAGGAGGAAGACUUUGCUCAAGACGGAGAAGUGGAUGAUGAAGACGACGAUGAUGAUGAUGAUGAUGAGGAAGCAGAAACCGGCAAAGGUGAGAAGAGAAAGCGAGAUCCAGAGGAUGAGGACGAUGAUGACGAUGAUGAUGAUGAUGAUUAAGAGCAAAACUGAAAACGAGAGCCUACCGAGUUACCCUUCCUACCCCCUAUCGUCCGCCCUCCUACAACUCGCACCGCCUUUGUAAUCCACGUCUACCCCCCCAGCUCUAAGCUCUUUUUAUGGGGCAAGACUGUACCGGAUGGGUGGGCCAAGUGGAGCUGCCCCUCCCUUUUUUUGUUUCUCCCCCCAUGGAACUGAGAGCCACCCAACACCCUCCACCUCACCCACCCCACGGCCUCCCGAGGUUCUCAGGCAGCCCAACACUCAGCAUUCCACAAUUUCACUGUCGAUCCCUCUUUACGUAUUCCCGUGUGAGGACUUUGGGACUGGUAUCUAGUUUUGGGUCUGUGCUUUUAAUAAUUUGUUGGAUGAAUUAUUUUUUGUUGUUGGGUUUAUUAUUUCUCAUUUUUUGUCUUUUAUUUUUUUCUGUUCCUUAUUUUUUCCCAAUAAAAUUAUUGCUAUAGCAGCUGUGCAACCAGCAAGCCAUGA